ACACCAAAGACACCUACCGGAUCCUGGACGGCGUUGCUUUCUUCAUCGUCGCCGGAGCCGGAGAUUCCAACCGUCAACCAAACGCAACUACUGGCCGCCGUCAUCAUUACUAUUAUCAAUUAACAAUCCAUUCAUGGCGUUUGAUUCCGUUACUCAAACCCUAGCAACUUGCCCGCACAACACAGAAUCUCCGACCGUCGACGCCGAAGAUGACAUAUGUUCUGAAACGGUAGAUGCGUAUCCAGAAUCAGUAGUAAAUUACGAAUCCUCAUCGUUGGGCAGGAAUGGCUACUUGACAGGCGAUGCUAGAAUCGAGGGAGCGUGGGCACAUUGGAAGAAACUCGGUGAGCCUAAACUAAUUGUAGCACCGAUGGUCGAUAAUUCGGAGCUUCCUUUCCGAUUACUAUGUCGGAAGUACGGUGCUGAAGCUGCUUACACCCCUAUGCUACACUCUCGUAUCUUCACUGAGAACGAGAAGUAUCGCUCUCAGGAGUUCACUACCUGCAAGGAAGAUCGGCCAUUAUUUGUUCAAUUUUGUGCGAAUGAUCCAGACACUUUACUGGAGGCAGCACGCAGGGUGGAGCCUUAUUGCGAUUACGUUGACAUUAAUUUGGGAUGCCCACAGCGUAUUGCCAAGCGAGGAAACUACGGAGCUUUCCUAAUGGAUAAACUGCCUCUCGUGAAGUCCUUGGUCGAAAAAUUAGCUCUUAACCUCAACGUUCCCGUGUCUUGCAAAAUCCGAGUCUUCCCAGACUUGCAAGACACUUUAAACUACGCAAAAAUGUUAGAAGAUGCCGGUUGCGCUCUUCUUGCAGUACAUGGACGCACAAGAGAUGAAAAAGAUGGGAAAAAAAUCCGAGCAGAUUGGAAAGCAAUACGGGCUGUAAAAAACACUCUUCGAAUUCCAGUCCUUGCAAACGGAAACAUUCGUCACAUGGACGAUGUGAAAAAUUGCUUGGAAGAGACCGGUGCCGAUGGUGUACUUUCCGCUGAGACCCUUCUCGAAAAUCCGGCUCUGUUUGCUGGAUUUAGAACCAUCGAAUGGGUAUCUGACGGUGAAGACGGGAAUCAAGACAGCAAAUUGGAUCAAGCGGGUUUAGUUGUCGAAUAUUUGAAGCUGUGCGAAAAAUAUCCGGUGCCAUGGAGAAUGAUUCGCGCUCAUGUUCACAAGAUGUUAGGCGAGUGGUUUCGGAUUCAUCCACAUGUACGAGAUGAUUUUAACGCACAAUCCAUACUCAGCUUCGAGUUCCUUUAUGGCAUGGUCGAUCGUCUUAGAGAACUCGGUGUUUCUAGGCCUCUUUAUGUCAAGAACACUUCUUCAAAAGCAGAUCUGCAAACGGAGGUCUAGCUCGAGCUCAAUGCACUCAUAAUUAAUACAGUCAAUUGACUUUAGCGAAUCAUCUGCGAUGGUUACGGUUUUUUGAACCCGGGGCUCUUUACGAAAACAUUAGCUCUACUUUUGGAGUAAAAGCCAGGUCUGCGGGCAUCCCUACCACCAGGACCGGAACCCCACCUCCAUAUGAGAUAUAUCGGACUAGUUUGAUUUGAUUUGUCUGAUGUUAUAUUGUUGAAAACAUCUUUGAGAUUAAAGCACGUUACGCUACCAAAUCGAGUCGAUUUUCAAUCU